GACGUCAUGCGCGGGACGGGGAGCGCACCCUGAAUGACGUCAUCUGCGUCGGGUGCUGAGGAGAGCGAGCAGCUGUGUGGACACACGUUCGACGCAGAAGGGCCUAAAGCGUUUCACGCACCAGGUAACCUAAAAAAAAAGGAAUGGAGGCAGGACAUUUCGGCUACACCCAAGACUACCUGGACCGCUUCAUCCAGAGCCAGGACUCGUCCGUGGUGAACAAGUUCCAGCAGAGGUACUGGAAGACCAAGCAGACGCUCAUCAAGGUCACCGGCAAGAAAGAGGACGAACAUGUGGUGGCGUCGGACGCCGACCUGGACGGCAAGCUGGAGGUGUUCCACUCCAUCCAGAGAACAUGCAUGGAGCUGCUGAAGGUCAUCGAGCAGUACCAGAGGAGGAUCUGCUUCCUCUCCCAGGAGGAGAACGAACUGGGUCGUUUCCUGCGCUCCCAGGGCUCCCAGGACAAAACCAGGGCUGGAAAGAUCAUGCAGGCCACGGGCAAAGCACUCUGCUUCUCCUCCCAACAGAGACUCGCUCUGAGGAACCCGCUGUGCCGCCUGUACCAGGAGGUGGAGACGUUUCGCUACCGGGCCAUCUCGGACACGUGGCUGACGGUGAACCGGAUGGAGCAGUCCAGGACGGAAUACCGCGGGGCGCUGCUCUGGAUGAAGGACGUGUCGCAGGAGCUGGAUCCGGAUACCCACAAACAGAUGGAGAAAUUUCGCAAGGUUCAGGCUCAGGUGCGCACAACCAAAACAAGCUUCGACAAACUGAAGAAUGACGUUUGCCAGAAGGUGGACCUGCUGGGAGCCAGUCGCUGCAACCUGCUCUCCCACGUUUUAACCACAUAUCAGACGACACUUUUGCACUUCUGGGAGAAGACGUCCCGCACCAUGGCGGCCAUCCACGAGAGCUUCAAGGGCUGUCCCCAGUACGAGUUCUCCGCUCUCACGACAUUAAAAGGCCCCGUGGACAAGCUGGCUAAGAAGAAAGGGAAGAAGAAACUUAGAGCAGAGGUGGAGGAGGGAAAGAAAGAGUCCCCAGAUGAGCAACUCAUCUCACUCGUGAAUGAAAACACCAGCAGUACCACCAGAGAAGGGGCUGGAGACCAUCUCUCUGCGUGUCCGGAGUUAGAGGGGGAGGAGAAAGACAGCAUGGCCUUACUGAACGAGAUCCUGGGCAGCACGUCAGUGGAGGACAGCGACUUCUCGCGAGAGUGGACGGAGGUGUUCGGAGACACAGAGGACGGGGCGAGCACGGCGCCGGGGAGACCGGCCGAGGCCCAGCGGAUGGAAAGCUCCUUCUUUCUACCGUCACAGCUGUGGGACCAGAGCUUGAGUGACCAACGGUCGACCCUCUCAGAUUUGGCCGGCGCGGCUCCACCGCCCGGCGCCUGGGCGAAGGACCCCUCACCUGGAGCCAAUCAGAACCCCAGUAAGCCAGCAGUGAAGGAGAAAGACCUCUCGGCGUGGUUCAACCUGUUCGCCGAUUUGGACCCACUCUCCAAUCCAGACGCCGUCGGCAAAACUGGCCGAGAGCACGAACUUCACAACGCGUAGUACUGCCUCAUCGUCACGGCGAUCUGAGAUGGGUACCUGUGAUGGAUGGAGGGUGCGGCAGCAUAAAGCGAUCUAGCAGACAAACAUAGCUUAUGUCUGUUGGCUCACUUGAGUUUAGCACCAACACCAAAGUAAGUCUGGAAGAAGAAGCCUUUGACAUUAGCUGCCUUGAAAAUACGUACUCAAGUAGCAUUCAUAUUUUAUUUCUGAUUCUCAUGACAGAACGUUGCACAAAAAGCAAAACGAAAGCCAACAUGACAAAAGAUCACAUGCACUGGUUUGUAUUGACGAAAUGCUGCAACAUGUUGAGGAAAGUAUUUCUGCCGUUGCUACGAUACUUUAAGCACGGAUCAGAAUUAAAGGCAACGAUGCCACACCACAUUUAAACAGGUCUCCGUUCUACGAUUUAUGCUUUUCGAUGUUCGCUACAUGCUGUAUUUUUAAAUACAUUUAAAAAAAAUUCACACAUCAUUACCAUUACUGCCUGUUGCAUGCUUUAUGUUCCCAGGUAAAUGUGUGACAGAAUGAACGAUGCAUUUAUCAGUGUAAUGUUUUUGUAUGUAUUUUGCCCAGUUACUGGCUUUCAGGGAAAAAUAUGCAGUUUUCAGUAGAUUUUGUUGCAACCUCGUCAAAAUAAAAUGUUAUACUGAUUGACAAUUAUGCAUGAUUUGAAUAAAACCUGUGUAAACGCCUUAAUCAAAUUACAAAUCAAAAAUAUAGAACCACAUAAUUAUUGAAUAAAUUCUAAAGUACAUUUAUAUUAUUAAAAUCUAGCCUUGUUUCAUGUGACGUUUGUUAAUAUUUAGUCAUAACCAAAUACAUUGAUUGCCUUACCAUGACCCCUAUUUAUACAUGAAUGCUAUGCUUCUGAAUACUGGUAUUUUUUUUGUCGCUGUAUCUGUCUAUGAUCUUCGAAAAGAUUACAUACCAAUUCAAAAACA